GAUGCAAACUUUCUGAUGACGAACGAUACAUGUAUUUGAACAUGAACGGAGAUGAAAUCAAACCGGGUGAUUAUAUUGUUAUUGGGGAUACAUUGACGGUGGAAUGUAGAUUUACUGACGAGCACUCAUACGAUUACUACGAUUUCUACGAGUAUUCAGCUCUCGAUUACUAUGAUACUUAUACUAAUACGAUGGCUGAUGAAAUAACAAUUUCUUGCAAGGAUGAUCAUACAAUGACAAAAAUACAUAAAGAAUGUCCUGAAGCAAUAUGUGAACCGGAGUGUGAAAAUGGUGGUGUUUGUUUGAGGGAUGAUGAAUGUAAUUGCAAGCAUUUUACAUCUGGAAAACAUUGUGAAAACGUUCUAUGUGAUGAUAAAUGCAAAGCUAAUAACGGUGAAUGCGUUGGUCCUGGCAAAUGUAGAUGCCCGGAGGGGAAAUUCGGAACUAACUGUGAACUUAGUAAGUAUAUAUAUGGAGGAAAUAUAGUAUCAGCUAAGUUCUCUUAUAGAAGCUAGUAAAAGAUUAAUAAUGAAAGUCUAAAAGUAUUAAAUAAAAUAUUAUAAAAUACUUGAAAAGAGUAAUAAUGCGGAUCAAAAGGCAUAAAACGAGAAACGAAUGGCGAAAUAAGGCGAAAAAAAGGAUAAUAUCGAGAAACAAGAUGGGUAAUAACGCGAAACAAAAUGCAUAAUUAUAACGCGUGUAAUGAUAAAAAUCCUAGUAAACCC